AAAUUUGCGACAGGAGCAUUGUAAUAGCGGUGAACCAUCUUAUAAAGUCCACUUAAGCCGUUAUAUCAACCCGCACGAGAUAGAAGCUCUUCAAGCAGUUCUCGAUGUUAUAAAAGCCGUGGCCAACUAUGAUGAGUUAUCAAGAAUAACAAUUUGUGAAAAUCCGAAUUGGGCACCAUUGCAAAUUCUUCUGGGUUUGCUCAGCUGCCCGGUGCCUCUUUUAUUAAAAGGAAACAUCUUGCGAACCUUAUGUGCUUUGGGCAAGUCUAAAGAAACAGCACUAGUCCUUUGGAACAUGAUCGAAGCGUCUCAGAUCAUCCCAACCUUGCCUGUAAUUGAUUCCCAAAAUUUGUGCAAUAUUAAAGCUGUUCUUUACAUCGUUCGACUAUAG